ACAACGAUUGUGUUUGUUUUAUUCGUAUUCUCAGCCAAGAAAACGUAUCACAUCGAAAUAAAUUCUCAAUUUUCGCUAAAAUAGCUCUUUAUUCAUAUUAAAUACAUAAAUGCCGAAAGUACGCCGCAGCCGUAAGCAGCCUCCGGAGGGCUGGGAAUUGAUAGAACCUACCUUAGAGGAGCUUGAGCAGAAAAUGCGCGAAGCCGAAACCGAACCUCACGAAGGCAAGCGUAUCACAGAAUCGCUGUGGCCCAUCUUCAAAAUUCACCAUCAAAAAUCCCGCUACAUAUACGAUUUGUUCUACCGGCGGAAGGCCAUCAGCCGUGAGUUGUACGAAUACUGUCUGAAGGAGAAGAUGGCUGACGGGAAUCUGAUUGCCAAGUGGAAGAAAUCUGGGUACGAAAAUCUGUGCUGCCUGCGAUGCAUCCAAACGAGGGAUACCAACUUUGGCACCAAUUGUAUCUGCCGAGUGCCCAAAUCAAAGCUAGAGGAAGGAAGAGUCGUGGAGUGUGUACACUGUGGCUGCCGAGGUUGUUCAGGUUAAGCGGGAAGAGGAAUGCGAGAAAUGGGUGACGAACUAUCUUUUUUUUAUUAUGAAACUGAGGAUGCAAAUUUAGGAGAAUAAAGUUUACGACCACAUUAGG